UGAAAAUGACAACGAUUCGAUGACAACAAUUACAAAUACCAUAUUGACGUUGAUUGUUUGGAAUUCUUCGAAAAGCUACUGUUGUUAAAAGAAGGGAAAAAAUCCCAUGCAUACCGUAUUUGAAAUUUGUAAAGCAUACUACGAUAAAUGGCAUAAAAAAGAUGAAAUUGUUUUUUUUUUUAUUUCAAUUUUAUACAACAAUCAAGACAUUGUUUUUGUCUGUGACUGUCGCUAACGGCAAAAGACAAUAAUUCUGAUUGAAACCAACAUUUUUUUGUGUGUGGCUUUUUUUCCAAUCACCUUCGGUACGAAAUAUAUGAAUUGAUUCGUACAGCGCUAUAAAGUUAAAGCAAUAUAAGCGCGCUUAAAAUAAAAAAACCAAUUCUAGAUUCAUUUUUAUUUGUAUUUGCCAACAAUUUUAUGUUUAUAGUUUUCAUUGUAGAAUAUAGAGAUCAAACUCAAAUUCAAGCAUAUUCCAAACAUUACCGGCCACACAUCUCGGCCUCGUUAAAUGUGAUGCUCGUUUUUGUGUGUGCCAUUUCAAAAGGUUUCUUUUUGUCGUGGUUGUUGUUGAUUUGUCGUCUUUCAAUUGAAUCAAAAGAUGAUCAUGUGUUUUUUUUAGUCAGUGAACCGUUGAGUUUCAAAGUGAAAGCUUUGUGAAACAGUUGGUUCUUAUGUUUGAAAUCAAAACUGACAUCAAUCCGAACAUCAAUCGCAUAGCAAAAGCCAUUUUAGCCAAUAAAACAUGAAAAAUCCGAAAUUAUUACCGCCCAAUUACAAGAUUCGGGUGCUUUUAGUAUUUCCAAAAAACGAUGAUGUUUGCGAUAUUCUACAAGAUGCAUGCAGCCGACUUGAAAUGGACACAUUCCUAUCACAAACAUUACCUGAAGCAAUUGAAUCGUUUCAAAAUAUUACAAAUGGUGGCCACAAUUUGAUCAUAGUCGACGGUCGAUUGCCACAAUCAAUUCUUGAUCCAGAAACUGUAGCCCGUGCCAUUAAAACUUCAAAUGGAGGUCAAUAUACAACAUUAUCCAUUUUACUCAAGUCGAACACGUUCGAGAAAGAUGAUGCUUUCAUUAUGUCCUUAUUAGAUUCUGGUUACAGUAAGUGUUUAAUGGAAUCGCAGUUAUUGCCGGUGUAUAUAUCGAAAUUACGUGAGAUUCAGUAUGCAGUUCGACAACAAAGCAUCAUUGCUACCCAACAGGUUUUAUACACAUCAUUGAAUGCCAAUCAUGAGCCAAUUAUAAUCACAGACGAUGUAUUUCGAAUGCAAUAUGCGAACAGAGCAGCUGAACGAUUGUUCGAUGUCAAAGUGGAAGAAGUGUUGAGCCGACCAUUGGUUGAUGUAACUCAUUUAGACAUUCAGUCAAUCAACGUGGCCGCAUCAAUGUCCACCGAAUUUGAUCUAAAAUUGUGCGUUAAACGAAAAUCAUCGGACGCUUUAAAUGUGAAUUGUCAUUUUGUAGCUGUGACAUGUAUUGGACGGAAACCGACACAUUUUCUCAUUACAUUUGAGAUGACAACAAAUAAUUUAACCAUCACAGAUCAUAUGUCCAAUUCCGAUACAACGAAUCAAAUUGUUCUAACCGCACAACAAUCUCAGCAAACAUUGUCAUCAUCAUCAUCAUCACCAAUGAUACCAAAACCAAAUACAGAACCACGUGGUUCACUACACGGCAGCAUUAGACGCGGUUCAUAUACAUCACUGGGCUUUGAUGCGAGGUCUAUAGCAUCGGAAAAUAUACGGCGAACAAGUUUAGCAAAAUUAUCUGCACUGCCACUUGAAGCACCAAUUACAAAAGUGGUUACUAUUUUAAGUCAAGUUCAAGAAAGCUGUUCACCAGAUGAGGCAAAACUAUUGGACAAAGUUAUGGAAUUUUUAAAACGUGAAGGACUUUACAGUCCUCAAGUAAAAGACAUGCGUACCGAUGACCCAGUGGCAAAUGAUUUAAUUGGAGCGUUGUUAUUGUCGCAAGGACCUUCAAACACUCUAUCAUCUCGUCGUAGUUCAAAUGAUUCUGUGGUGCGAUCGACAAAUCGUCAAGGUUCAUUAUUGUUGCCAUUGAAAGGGAAAGGCAACUCAAUUGUGAAUGAUUUACUUCAAACUUGUCUAGACUGGAAUUUCGAUAUAUUUCGCCUGGAGCAAAUUAGUGAACGUCAUCCAUUGGUUUAUUUAGGCAUGGAAUUAUUUCGCAGAUUUGAAGUAUUUGCAGCAUUCAACAUUGACGAGAAAACGUGCAAGGCUUGGUUAAGCGUAAUUGAGGCUCACUAUCAUUCAACAAAUACAUAUCACACAAGUACACAUGCCGCCGAUGUUAUGCAAGCGACAGCAGUUUUCCUAUGUAAACUACAACAAAGAGAUAGUCAAUUAAUGGAUCGAAUCGACGAAGCAACCGCCCUAAUAUCAGCUGCAGCCCAUGACAUUGAUCACCCGGGCCGUUCAUCGGCAUUUUUAUGCAAUUCAAAUAGUUCACUGGCCAUAUUGUAUAAUGAUAGUUGUGUUCUUGAGUCUCAUCAUGCUGCUCUCAUGUUUCAUUUGACUUUGAACGAUGAUAAAAUAAAUAUCUUCAAAAAUUUAGAUCGAGAAACUUAUAAACUGGUGCGAUCCGUUAUAAUUGAUAUGAUUUUGGCAACAGAGAUGACCCGACACUUUGAACAUUUGGCCAAAUUUGUAAGCGUUUUUGGAGCAGAAAAUGAACACGAAGUACAUACCGAUUCCGAUGAUAAUCAUAUGUUAAUUAGACGGAUGUUAAUCAAAUGUGCCGAUGUAAGCAAUCCGGCGAGACCAUUCCGUUUUUGUGCCGAAUGGGCCGAAAGAAUUGCCGAAGAAUACUUUACUCAAACGGACGAAGAGAAGAGGAUCGGUUUACCGAUUGUGAUGCCAAUGUUUGAUCGAACAACAUGUAGCAUAGCAAAAAGUCAAAUUGGUUUCAUUGAAUUUAUCAUUCAAGAUAUGAUGAAAGCAUGGGACAGUUUUAUUCGUAUGCCACAACUAAUCACCUGUAUGGAAUACAAUUACCUACAAUGGAAACAACAAGAUGCGCAACUAUCUUCUUGAAUCAAUACGAAUACAUCAGUUUAUAUAUACAAAUAUACACACACACAUAUAUAUAAUAUAUAUUUUAGAUUUCUUGUA